GCCGUGGGUCUCUGUGGAUGCUUUUUCCCCUCUAACAGGCUUAGUUCCUCCCUUUGUGCCUGGCUGCUGGGCAGAGGGCAGGAGCCGGUGCCGGGCUCAGCAUCUCCUCUCCUCCUCUCCAGCAGGGUUGGAGCCGGUGCUGAGCACAGCAAUGGGCAGCGCCAGCCCCGCGCUGAGCGCUCUGCCCCCCGGCCGCCUCUCCUGGCCGGACACUGCCCCACGGAACCCCCAUAACCGGAGCUGGGGCUGCCCGAGCCCCCCCCCAACCCCUCAACAGCCCCUGCCCGCUGUUUGCCUGCACUACUUCGACAUGAUUUACUCCGAGGACAUCGCCUGGACCACCAAGGACAUGGGGGAGCCAUCCCAAAGCAGUGCCCAAGGCGGGCAAGGGGAGGCGCAGAAGGAGCCGGAGCAAUGUCCCAUCAUUGACAGCCAGGGCUUGGGGCUGGGGGCAGAGGGGGACCUGCAGGCCAGCCUGCCCCUGGAGGAGCACUCGCUGGAGCAGGUACAGAGCAUGGUGGUGGGUGAAGUGCUGAAGGACAUCGAGACGGCCUGCAAGCUGCUCAACAUCGCUGCAGACCCUGUGGACUGGAGCCCCGGCAACGUGCAGAAGUGGAUCCUAUGGACGGAGCACCAGUACCGGCUGCCGCAGAUUGGGAAGUCCUUCCAGGAGCUGUCGGGAAAGGAUCUGUGUGCCAUGUCCGAGGAGCAGUUCUGCCAGCGCUCGCCUGCCUGCGGGGGCAUCCUGCACGCACACCUCGACAUCUGGAAGUCUGCUGCCUGGAUGAAGGAAAAAGCCAGCCCGGGAGAUGGGAGAUACUGCGCAGGAGGUGAUGCUGGCUGGGCAGACAGCGAGGUGGACUCAUCCUGUGCUGGCCAACCCAUCCACCUCUGGCAGUUCCUCAAAGAGCUGCUGCUGAAACCCCACAACUAUGGCCGCUUCAUCCGCUGGCUCAACAAGGAGAAGGGCAUCUUCAAGAUCGAGGACUCGGCACAAGUGGCUCGUCUGUGGGGCAUCCGCAAGAACCGCCCGGCCAUGAACUACGACAAACUGAGCCGCUCCAUCCGGCAGUAUUACAAGAAAGGCAUCAUCCGGAAGCCUGACAUCUCCCAGCGCCUGGUCUACCAGUUCGUGCACCCGGUCUGAGCGGAGGCCCCGGCAGGGACAGGGGACCCUCACUGCCUCCCCUGCCUCCCAGCCACAGGAACCACCUCAGCACCAAGGACCGGGAUGCUGAGGGGCUCCAUGCCACUGCCAAUGGACCACGGGACUCCUGUCACCACCCAGCCUUGGAGAGGAGGGAGGAGCCCCCAGCUAAGGGAUAAGCACCAGUGCGGGGUUGAUGGGGGUGAGAUAAAGGCAGAUAAAUCCGUGCCUGUCAUGGGGCUCCCCACAACCUCGGUGCCCUUUGGCAGGGUUUGAUGGUGGGAGAGGAGCUGGGGGACAGAGGAGUCCUGCCCUCAGGUCUCUUGCCCUGGCACAUUGCCCCCUUACCCUACAGCCCCAGGGCAUUGCCAGGACACAGGGGCCAAGCUGGACACCUCGAGAUCCCCAUGAGCAUCAGGACCAUACUCCCCUCCAGUGGGAGCCUGUCCCCUUGUCACCACCAGCCCAGUUGUGGGACCGGCUGCCCUCGGCGCCCAUUAGGAGUGACCCCGUGUGCUGCACUGGGGCUGCUCUGGAUUGACCCUAACAAAGCAUCUCGUGGUCCUCAGCUCUGUUCAGGAUGGGGGGUUCUGCCCUCAGCUGUAAGGAAAGGGGCUGCUCACAGUGGCCAGGCUUCUCCCUCUUCCCCUCCCUCCCGGGUGCUGGCUGCGGGUGGCAUCGCCCCAGCCAUUGUCUGGGGAGGACAAAGCACGGGCAUGAGCUGGGACAAUGGCAUCCAAAGGGACGAGGGCACCUGCGGCUGCCCUCGGCUGUGCCCAUGCGGGAGCAGCCUGGCACCAGCAGCACCCAGGGAUGCUGGGAGCGGGGCGGCUGUGCCCUGGGAUGGGCAUCCCCUCGGAUGGGAACAUCCUCCCUUUGCUUCCCGGCUCCGCUUUGCCCCUCCGCAGGGAUCUGGGGCAUUCUGCAAAGGGAGCAGCUGUAGAAGGUGGGUGCAGGGCUCUCCACCAUGGGCAUCCCUGCAGUAGUGGGGGGAUCCCCUGAGCUGGGACCGCAUCCUCAGGCAUGGGGUCACCCGGAGCCUCCCAAAGCCCCCAGGUCCUUGGCCUUGGCACAGAGCUCUUCCCUUGACUUGGAUUUGUGUUUUGGGCUGCCUAAUUCCAGAGUUCUGGAAAAGGGAGGUGGCAGAUUUGCCAUUUCCCUCUGGACAGUGAAUCAGAAAUGCAACCCCCUGAGCCUGGACUGGGACAGAAACCCGGUGGUUGCUUAAACUGCACAUUUCCCGACAGCCUGGGUUACCUGAUGUUGGUCUUUUAUAUUACAUCUUUAUUGGUUUAUUUGCUUUCUGGUUUGGGCUGGCGGCAAGUUGUGGUUUAGGUUCAGAUGAUGGGGGGUGAUGGGCCCUGGGCACCAUGAGAUGCUCUGUGGGAGCUUUAAAAGCAGAAAGAAGCCUGGUUCUUGUUGUUUUGGUUUUAAUUUGACAUAGGUGCCUGUGAUGGCUCCUGCCCGUUGGGGUUUGUUCUGCCUGUUUCAUAGUGCUUACAUGGCAGAGAAGCAGCCACCCUUCGUUCAGCCCCGCAAGCAUCCCAGCUGGAGGGCACUGAAGGAGCAGGGGAAGGAGGAAAACUGCCUUGGCCUCUGGAAAAAUCGACGGGAGACAAAGGGGAAGGGGGAGGAUGUGUCUUGUGAUUUCCUGUGUGCGACCGAUGCUCCUGCAUCCCAUUGGUGUGGGAAGCACCGGGAGGAUGCGCUGGUGGUGCUGGUGCCCCAGAUCUCUGGUCUCUGUCACAGGUCCUUUGGCUGCGCAUCACUGUGAGGAAGGUGAGCAGGAAGGGGGAGAGCUGGGGCCAGAUGGAGAGGGUGAACACGGGGAUGUGGGGAUCUGACACAGCAGAUCCACUGCAGCAGGACUGGGCUUCUCACCAGACUGCUUGCAGCUCCGGCCCUUAAACAAGGGGAAAUAACUCCCUUUUCUCUGCCCCCUCCCCAUCAACAGCCCAGCAAGUGCCACCAUAACCCCAUAACCCCGCUCUCACCACCCUGUCCCCCUUGUCCAUGGCCCUGUCCUGGUCAUAAUUCCCAAGGUUUUAGGACUCAUAAGGAGCCCAAGAGGCUCUGUCAUCUCUGCCAGCACCACUCGCUGUGCCAGGGUUCCCCUCUCUCCCCCUGCCCUCAUUCUGCUGGGCUGGGGGCUGAUGCUGGAACCAACCCCAGAAACUGCUUUAUCCUGAGUUACCCCAUGGCUUCCACAAGGUUUCAUCCCAUGUAUUAGCAGGGGAGUCCCCAAAGGCAGUGGCUGCUCCUUCCCUUCUCAGCCCCCAGCACUACAUCCGAGCCCCCCUCCCGCUGCACUCCAAACCCUCAGUGUGGGGGCAUCCCUAUAACUGUGGCUCCCAGAGGUAUG